AAAGAAGGAGAAGAGUGAAGCCACUGAAACUGAGCUGGAGAGCCAGAUAGAGAGCUGCUACUGAACCUGAAGGACUUCAUCACAGCUGCUUUAGCUUUUCCAGGAGCACAAUGGAAGCAGAAAAGAGGACUCAGAUAUCAGCAGAGCAGAUUGAUAACAGGGAUCUCUCAGAACAAAUCAAAGAGGUGACCAAGGAUAGUCACGUCAGAGCAGAAAACACAGAACUGAUGCUGAGCUUCCAGCGGGGACAAGUCACACUUCCACAAUAUAAGCUCCUCUUGUGCUCCCUGUACGAGAUCUACCAGGCCUUGGAGGAAGAGCUGGACAGGAACUCCAGCCAUCCUGCUGUUGCUCCUAUUUACUUCCCCGCUGAACUGGCCAGGCUCAAAUCCAUCGAGAACGACCUGGAAUACUUCUACGGGCUGGACUGGAGGGAGAAGAUUGUCGUGCCUGCUGCCACUCUGAGAUACUGCCACAGACUCAGACAGAUUGGCAAAGAAAACCCUGAGUUCCUGGUUGCCCACGCUUACACCCGAUACUUAGGAGACCUAUCUGGAGGGCAGGUCCUCGGCCGAAUCGCCCAGAAGUCCAUGGGGCUGAAAAGCAGCGAAGGUCUGUCUUUCUUUGCCUUCCCUGGCGUUUCCAGCCCCAACUUGUUCAAGCAGCUCUAUCGCAGCCGGAUGAACAGUGUGGAGCUGACAGCGGAGGAGAGGAACGGCGUGCUGGAGGAGGCAGUCAGGGCCUUUGAGUUUAACAUCCAGGUGUUUGAUGGCUUACAGAAGAUGCUGAGUGUCACAGGAAAUGAACAUCAGGAAAGCUGGACAAACUCCGAAGCAGUUCAUAGCAAAACACUCCCAGGAACCAUUUCCCCAAUGAUCAGAAUGGUCCUGGGACUCUUUGUGGCUCUGGCUACUGUCAUGGGACUCUAUGCAUUAUAGCGACAUCGUGUUGGUAUCAUUUUAACCUUUGCUUUGAUAACGUAAAGCCAUGAUCUGACGAUCCCUUUGUAUAUAAUAGAUUGUAAUAUUUGCAUUUUUAUUGUAAAUUUGAUUCAUACUAUAUGUGUUUAAAUUUUCUACUGUCUCCAUUUGUACUGUUUUCUCUAUCACACUGAUAUGCAGAAUCCAUUAAAAUGUGUAAUACUAAAAAAAAAGUUUAUAUGCCACCUAUUUUAAUAAAAUCAGCAGUGAAAAGGAAA